AUGCUAUUUUACUCCAAAACAAUCAAAAAACCAAGAAAGAUCGCCUUCAAGCUCAUCAGCAAGGACAACGAAGUUGAAGCUCUCCAGAUCAUUCCACGCGCGGCUACGUUUGAUCAGCGAGAAAUAUUCGACCGAAUCGUCAAAGCCGUCACCUGGAAGAAGCUUGUGAGCUCAGUUGUCAAGAGAAAUCGGCUUCUACUCUCGCACUGCGAAGUUUCCCAAAUGCUGCUUUGGACGGCUACGCCAGAGAAUCUUCGCAAAUUGACGAUGGAUGAGUAUCGUUGGAUAAAGAACGAAGCGAUUAUCCAGGGCUUCAUUGAUCCCCUUGUGCAAAUGCUCUUUAGGGAUAAUAAAUUUGAUGAAAUCAAGGUAAAAGUCACAUUUUUGCACAUUCUUUGGAUGCUUUUCUAG